GACACCGGUAUCUGAUGGAGUUGAAACUAAUUCCUUAAGCGGAAAGCAACAAAUUCAAAAGCAAAACCAACAAAACGACAUGACCAAGAAUCUCACCAGUACCUCCGAAACAUUACCUGCGGCUGCGGCUAUGGAACUCGACCUCGACUCCUUCCUUAACUCACCUCUCACCAGCGACGACGACGACGACGACGACAACAAAGGCAAUCAACACAACCUCUACUCCAUCCCUCACCGCACAAUCGACGAAAUCCUCAACGCCUCCGAUUCCUCCACCUCAUCUCCCCCUACAUCUCCACCGUCCAUUUACUCCCGCGUCUCCGAUCCCAAACACGACCAAGACCAAGACGACACCGUUUCAGUCUCCACAACUAAACAACCCUCCUCAGACUUUUCCUCCAUACCGGCCCAACAUCAUGAUGAAAACCCCUCGCUCCACUCCCGACCCGGUUCGUCUUCGUUCAGUCGGGCCAGACCCGGAAUUAAUUACCCGGACGAUCCGUUUAAAAGGCUCUCGAACUCGAAGCCGUUACCGUCGCUUUUCGGUGGUGUGAGAUCGAAUGCGAAGCCGGGGGCAGCGCUUGCGGCGGCAGUGGCAGCCUCCAGGGCUCUCCCGACCCCGCACGCCGCCGCGAUCAAGUCUAGGAGGGCUGCCAGUGGAAGCUUCCAGAAGGUUCUUGAAGAUUCCGAUGCGGUUUCGGUCUCGGCCUCGGAUGAAUUGAGCUCUAAUAGUGAAAUUCGUAAUACCAAAGAGGAUGAGGUUUUGGAAGGUGUGAUUGGGAAUGAGGGUUUUGCUCAGGGUUCUAGUGUUAAAGAGGUCGAAAGCGAAGCCGAAAAUGUGGUUCAAGUAGACGGAUUAAAGGUUAGUAGUAAUCAUGAAGAAUUGCUGCGAACAAGUGCUGAUUUAGUUUCUAAUUUUGAUAUCAUUGAGCCGCGGAUUGGUUCUUCGUCCAUAAGUGUCGAGGAGGAAAAAAACAAUGUAAAUGUAGAUGAGAAUGCUUCUGUGCUUGACAGGAGCUCUGAAAUUUUGAACUCAGAAGAAGAUAAGGUUGAUCAUUUGGAAGAGAAGGUAGAGGAGGAAUCGACAAUUGAGGCAUUGGAAACACAGCAACAAGUGAAUGUUUUGGAAGAUACUGAGGUGGGUGGUGGCGAUGAUGAUGAUGCAAGUUCAUUGAGUGAUAUUACUGAACUUGUGGAAGAGAGAAUUGGGCAAUUGGAGAGCAGGAGGAUUAGUAAGAGAGCGGAGAAGAAAUCCCGGGCUGCUUCUAUGAAGCCAUUGGAGUUGGCUGAGGAGCUUGAGAAGAAGCAUGCUUCUACUGGUUUGCAUUGGGAAGAGGGUGCAGCUGCUCAGCCAAUGAGGCUUGAGGGCGUACGGAGAGGAUCAACCACAUUAGGAUACUUUGAUCUUGAUGCGGAUAAUGCUAUUACAAGGACCAUUUCUUCUCAGGCAUUCAGGAGAGAUCAUGGUUCACCUCAAGCUUUGGCUGUUCAUACUAAUUAUAUUGCAAUUGGAAUGUCAAAAGGGGUCAUUCUCGUUGUGCCCAGUAAAUAUUCCGGUUAUAAUGCUGACCACAUGGAUCCAAAGAUGUCGAUGCUUGGUCUGCAAGGUGAUAGGUCUCAUGCCCCUGUAACUUCCAUGUGCUUUAAUCAGCAAGGGGACCUGCUCUUAGCUGGUUAUGGUGAUGGUCAUAUUACUGUUUGGGAUGUGCAGAGAUCAUCAUCAGCAAAAGUUAUUACUGGAGAGCAUACAACACCAGUAGUACAUACAUUAUUUCUGGGGCAGGAUUCUCAGGUUACUCGUCAAUUUAAAGCAGUUACUGGUGAUAGUAAGGGUCUCGUUCUGUUGCAUGCUUUCUCAGUUGUUCCCUUGCUCAAUAGGUUCUCCAUCAAAACCCAGUGUCUUCUUGAUGGACAAAAAACGGGAAUUGUGCUAUCAGCUUCACCGGUCCUUUUUGAUGAAUUCUCUGGAGGUGCUUCCCUGUCCUCUCAGGGAAACAAUGCGGUUUCAUCCAGCAGUCUUGGUAGUAUGAUGGGAGGUGUAGUAGGUGGAGAUGCUGGCUGGAAACUCUUUAAUGAAGGCUCUUCUUUAGCUGAAGAAGGUGUGGUCAUAUUUGUCACCCAUCAAACUGCUCUGGUGGUAAGGCUUACUCCUACUUUGGAAGUCUAUUCGCAGCUUUCUAAGCCAGAUGGGGUUCGAGAGGGUUCUAUGCCUUAUACUGCGUGGAAAUGCAUGACAAAAUCACGCAGUUUGCCUAGUGAAAACGUGCCUGUGGAAGCAUCAGAGAGAGUCUACUUGCUCGCAAUUGCUUGGGACCGAAAAGUUCAGGUUGCAAAGUUAAUCAAAUCAGAGCUAAAAGUAUAUGGGAAAUGGUCUCUUGACAGUGCAGCUAUAGGUGUGGCUUGGUUGGAUGAUCAGAUACUGGUUGUUCUUACAUCAACUGGACAACUCUGUCUGUUUGCUAAGGAUGGAACUGUGAUUCACCAAACAAGUUUUUCUCUGGAUGGUUAUGGUGGAGAUGAUCUUGUUGCAUACCAUACCCACUUUAUUAAUAUCUAUGGAAAUCCUGAGAAAGCUUUUCACAAUUGCAUAGCUGUAAGAGGAGCUUCAGUAUACAUCCUUGGACCUAUGCAUCUUGCUGUUUCUCGCCUUCUCCCAUGGAAGGAACGGAUUCAGGUUCUGCGGAAAGCAGGUGACUGGAUGGGUGCACUGAACAUGUCAAUGACACUUUAUGAUGGCCAGGCGCAUGGUGUUAUUGACCUUCCUAGAACCUUGGAUGCUGUACAGGAGGCCAUAAUGCCCUACCUUGUGGAGUUGCUUUUGUCAUAUGUAGAUGAAGUAUUUUCUUAUAUUUCGGUGGCAUUUUGCAACCAAGUUGAGAAAAUGGAACCACUGGACAACCCAAAUAGUAGAAGCAGUUCUGUGCACUCUGAAAUAAAAGAGCAAUACACUCGUGUUGGUGGAGUUGCUGUGGAAUUCUGUGUUCAUAUCAAGAGGACUGACAUCCUUUUCGAUGAAAUUUUCUCCAAGUUUGUGGCGGUACAACAGAGAGACACAUUUUUGGAGCUUUUGGAACCAUAUAUAUUGAAGGACAUGCUUGGAUCACUGCCUCCUGAGAUUAUGCAAGCACUUGUAGAACAUUACAGCAGCAAAGGAUGGUUACAACGAGUUGAACAAUGCGUCCUUCACAUGGAUAUCUCUUCUUUGGAUUUCAAUCAGGUUGUUAGGUUAUGUAGAGAGCAUGGAUUAUAUGGUGCUCUGGUGUAUCUCUUCAAUAAAGGAUUGGAUGAUUUUAGGGCUCCUUUAGAGGAGCUGUUGGUGGUCUUGCGAAAUAGUCAAAAGGAGAGUGCUGCUGCCCUUGGGUACCGGAUGCUUGUUUAUCUAAAAUACUGCUUUUCAGGUCUUGCUUUUCCUCCAGGACAAGGAACUCUGCCCCCUACACGCUUGCCAUCUCUUAGAACAGAACUUCUGCAAUUUCUAUUAGAACAUUCUGAUGCCCCUAACUCAAAAGCUGUUUCAAGCUUAUCAUCUGGAGGAGCAUACCUGAACCUGUAUCAUCUCUUACAGUUAGAUACUGAAGCUACUUUAGAUGUUUUGAGAUGUGCUUUUGUAGAAGAUGAAAUCCCAAAACCAAAACUUUCAUCACAUGAUUCAGCAGAUGAAAAUACAAAGCCAAAAAUAGAGAAUGACAAUGGAUGUCAAAAUAUGUUGGUCCAAGAUACAGUGAACUCUCUUAUUUGUAUUCUUAAUAGGGACAUUUCCCAAACAGAGAGAUCAGAUAGUGAAGAUAUCAGUGGAUUGGUUGAAGAAUGGCCUUCUAAGAAAGACAUAGGCCAUAUGUUUGAGUUUAUAGCAUACUAUGUUGCAUGUGAAAGAGCUAAUGUCUCAAGAAGUGUCCUGAGUCAGAUUUUAGAAUACUUGACAUCACAAAAUAAUUUUCCAACUAGUGUUUCCUCACAUCACAUAACUUCAACAAGAAGGGAGAAGCAGGUGCUUGCCCUUCUAGAAGUAGUGCCUGAGAUUGACUGGAAUGCUUCUUAUGUAUUAGGCCUAUGUGAGAGAGCACAAUUUUACCAGGUUUGUGGCUUCAUUCAUACUAUCAGACAUGAGUAUCUUGCUGCUUUGGAUAGCUACAUGAAGGAUGUAGAUGAACCCAUUCAUGCUUUCUCCUUUAUCAACAAAACAUUAUUACAGCUGAGUGAUAAUGAACGUGCUAGUUUUCAAUCAGCGGUCAUUUCUCGUAUACCUGAGCUGGUUGAUUUAAGCAGAGAGGGAACAUUCUUGUUGUUCAUCGGUCAUUUCAACAAAGAAGGUUUGCAUAUCCUGUCUGAACUCCGCUCUCAUCCAAGAAGCCUAUUCCUUUAUUUAAAAACGGUCAUUGAGGUUCACUUAUCUGGCACUCUCAAUUUUUCUUCUUUAAGACGAGAUGAUUUUGUGGAUCCUUCUGAUGGAAUAAGGUUGAAGGAUCAGUCAAAAGGACUUGAGGCUUACUUGGAAAAAAUCUCUGAUUUCCCCAAGUUAAUGCGUAAUGAUCCAGUUGAAGUGACUGAUGAUAUGAUUGAGCUUUAUCUAGAGCUAUUAUGUCAGUAUGAACCUGGUUCAGUUCUCAAAUUCCUUGAGACCUUUGAUAGCUAUCGUGUGGAACACUGUCUACGCCUGUGUCAGGAAUAUGGGAUUAUAGAUGCUGCUGCCUUCUUGUUAGAAAGGGUUGGUGAUGUGGGGAGUGCUCUUUUACUUACACUUUCAGGCCUUGACAGUAAAUUUGUUGAGCUUGAUACUGCUGUUGGAAAUGUGGUUUCUGAUGUGGCUUUGAGUUCUGCUGCUGAUACAAAGCAUCUCAGGACUGUAUUAAAUAUGAAGGAGGUGAAUGAAAUUAGCAAUAUAUUGAAUGCCUGUAUUGGAUUAUGUCAGCGGAACACCCCUCGCUUGAACCCUGAGGAGUCAGAGACGCUCUGGUUCAGAUUACUUGACUCGUUUUGUGAACCUUUGAUGGAUUCAUAUGGUGAUGAAAUGGUAUCUAGAGGAGAAAAUCAUGUUCCACUGCUGACCGAAUCAUCAGUCUCACGUGAGGAUGAAGCAUGCAUAGUUAAUUGGAGAAUAUCAAAAUCGCACAGAGGGGCUCAUAUCUUGAGGAAAUUGUUCUCUCAGUUCAUCAAAGAGAUUGUUGAGGGAAUGAUAGGAUAUGUUCGCCUUCCAACCAUCAUGUCCAAACUCCUCUCUGAUAAUGGCAGCCAGGAAUUUGGUGAUUUUAAACUUACCAUACUGGGCAUGCUUGGAAUAUAUGGCUUUGAAAGGCGAAUUCUGGACACUGCCAAAUCCUUAAUAGAGGAUGAUACAUUCUAUACCAUGAGCUUACUUAAGAAGGGGGCCUCUCAUGCGUAUGCACCCCGGAGUCCUAUAUGUUGUAUAUGUAAUUGCCUUUUCUCGAAGAAUUCUUCUAGCUUUAGCAUUCGUGUUUUUAAUUGUGGUCAUGCAACACAUCUUCAAUGUGAAGUUCCGGAAAAUGAGGCAUCAAGUAGAGGUGCCUCAUCUGGAUGCCCAGUUUGUAUGCCGAAGAAGAAAUCACACAAAGCAAGAAAUAAAUCGAUUCUUGCAGAAAAUGGUUUAGUAAGUAAAUUUUCGUCCAGGCCACAACAAUCACAUGGAACUAGUAUUCUACACCCCCAUGAAAGUGAUGCAUUAGAGAAUUUCUAUGGGCUUCAGCAAAUUUCACGGUUUGAGAUCUUGACUAAUUUGCAAAAGGACCAGAGAUUAGUUCAAAUAGAACACAUGCCUCAGUUGAGGCUUGCACCGCCAGCUGUUUAUCAUGAAAGGGUAAAGAAAGGAACAGAUAUUUUUGCAGGAGAAAGUAGCAAUGGCCUUGCGAAAAUAGAGAAACAAAGUAAAAGCAAGCAAUUAAGGGAGCUAAGAGUAAAAGGAUCAUCUCUUCGGUUCCCUUUAAAAUCAAGUAUAUUUGGCAAGGAGAAGACCAGCAAGCGGUAAUGCGAGUGUCAUGUAUAGAACAUACCGGAGAUGAUGAAGACCAUUUUGGCUGAGAUUUUGACUUACUUUAUUCUUUUUCGUUUUUCUUUUUUGUAUAUUUUCAUAAUUGAUUUGUUUAUAUUAAUUUUGGGAGGCUUGGUUGUUGCUGGUUGUUGUAUCUGUUUAUAUCUUAGAGUAAAAUUGUACAUGAACCAUGGAGAGGCACUCGUAAUGAAAUUGAAUAGAAUGCAAUCAAAUAAUGAAGGAAUAUUUUCAUCA